UCUGAGCCAAAUCUUGUGACUGCAAAGAGACAGAGAUAAACAACAGGAAUAUAAAUAGCGAGGAACAACUGGCAGACCGGUAGAAAGACCAAUCGGAGCAGGAAUAAGAACUAAGCAAGAAGACGAAAACGACAUCCAAAGCCCUGACCGUUAAUGCGAAAAGGGCUGGGCGCUGCCCUGACUCUCUGCCUGCUCCUGCUGGGGUGGGUGGAGGGUCAGGAGCACUGCAACAAGCCACCAGCAUGGACCAUAGGAGGGAAAGACCCAAUGACCGAUUCUCUGGGCAAAGUGACCGUUGUGGCCCUGCUCCAGGCUAGCUGACAUUUCUGUCUGACUCAGGCAGCUGGUUUGACAAUCCUGAAACAAAAACUCCACGCAAAUGGAUUUGUGAAUGUCUCCUUCGUUGUGGUAAAUCACCAAGGGAAAUCCUCACGUGAAAAGUACCAACUUCUAAAAUCAAAGGUGGAAAAUCAAAUUCCCGUGUAUCAGCAGGAAGUUAAUCAACCCGAUGUUUGGACGCUGCUCCAAGGAGUUAAGGAUGACUUCCUGAUCUAUGAUAGCUGUGGCCACCUGACCUAUCACCUGGAACUGCCAUUCACCAUCCUAUCACAAUCAUAUGUGGCACAGGCAAUUGUAAAAACAUAUUGUCAAAGAAUAUGCAGUAACUGCUCUUUUGUUCAGGAUAAUUCUCCAGCAUGUAUUGCAAGAAACAUAACAGAAACAUUAAAAAUUGAUUCAAGGAAGUACCACAGCGGGCACCAUCAUGCUCAUCAGAACUACAAUCCCAAUGGAGAAGACCAACUCCAGCAAAACAGGACAGAUCCUGUGCAAUUAGGGCAUAAUACACAUAAACACCACCAAAAUCGUCACCAUCCCCACCAUCAGCAUGACCAGUCUAAUUCAGAAUCAGAAAUACCUGACCUGGCAGAAGGUAAUGGCUCACCACAACCAUGAAUAAACAAAUCAAACUGUAAGAGAAAGUUCAAGUGAAAGCCUGAAGGUAUGUCAGAGUUAGCAGGAAUCAGAUGAUGAUGAUACUGUCGUCAGCUGCUCAGUGACAAAUCCUCCAAUAACGAGGUGACAUGACACUGCAGGACACAAUCAUCUUCCUGACAAUGACAGGAACAGGGACGUAUAGACAGUGUCACUGAAUCCUGACAGUGACGCUUGAUCCCUGCUCUCUGACUACAAGAUCAGAUGAGCCAAAGGCGCUGAGGACCUUGACAAGGAGUUAAAAGCAGAGAAUGACAAGAUGGGUUGCAGUAAACAUUUCAGUUGGAAUGUAAACUGCUGUCUAUUUUCGUACAGCUUUGAAGCUCCAUGUUGAAAUUUAGUUGCAAGGUACAGUCCAAACCCUCGUGUCCAUCUUGAGGGCUGAUUUGCUGCCAAACCAUUCUCUGAGGCUGAUCAGUAUAAGGUACCGAUUAGCCCUUUUCACUGUUGCUUGUUGUCCCAAUCCUUGUGGUUGCCUCUAUGAGGACAGCAGCACAAACUAUCCUGUAGGAGCUGCUAUUUGAUGCAAGGCAAAUGCAAAGGGAAGAUAAGUGAAGUUGAGAAGCUAAUCUGCAUUAUAUCCAACAACAUUUUAACCAGAUAGAUGCGUUGGUACUCUCAAUGCAUCAUAUUUUCUUCCCACAAUAAUUUUGAGAUGAAAGAUUCCUCUACAUUUUAUCUUUCCUCUGAUUUUUUUCAUUUCGGCUACAACAAGUAAGAACAUUUUAAAGAGAAAUUAGCAAAUAAUUCCUCAAUUUUUCUGUAAUUAAAUACAGCCAGUGCAAACAGGAGAUUGAGGGUCAUAAACAGACAAGUUGCAAUCCCAAAUCACACCUACUCUCUUCUCUAAUUCAAGAUGUGAAUAACAAAGACAUCCUGUAUUAAAAUUAGGGAGUAUUAGCUUUUAGUGUUGAGAGAAAACCUGAUUAUGUAGAAAUGAAAGAUCAUUUGGAAGCAAAUACCAUACUUCAUGAUGGUUACCAGGGAAACCACUUCCCCUAGUUCACCUGAAUUCCUGUAUGGUAAAUGUUAACGAAUUAGAUUCUCUGGAAAGUCUGUAGUGCACUGGAAGUAUUCUGUAAGAAGAUUUUAAUAAACAUUCUGUUUUCAAAAAGAA